UUGCAGUCUUCCUGUACGGAUGUGAUGUUAUCACGACAUUGGGACGUACACCCUGCGUACGGGGUAGUCUUUCCGCUUUGCUUGUUCCUCGCUUUUGGGAAUGGCGGCUACUGCUCUUUCUGAGAAGGGCUAUGGAAAAUGGUACUUCAGCCGUGAGCAGCUAGAUAAUACCCCGUCCCGAAAGGCUGGUGUUAAUCCGGAUAAAGAGCUAUCAUACCGUCAGCAGGCUGCCAAUCUCUUACAGGACAUGGGACAGCGCCUCAAUGUCACUCAGUUGACCAUUAACACUGCAAUUGUCUAUAUGCAUCGGUUUUACAUGGUUCAGCCUUUCACUCGUUUUCAUCGAAAUGUCAUUGCUCCAGCAAUAUUGUUUUUAGCUGCAAAAGUGGAAGAGCAGCCCCGUAAAUUAGAACAUGUAAUUAAGGUGGCUCACUCAUGUUUGAAUCCUCGAGAACCUGUUUUAGACACUCGCAGUGAGGCUUACCUGCAGCAAGCCCAAGACCUGGUCAUUCUAGAGAGCAUAAUACUGCAGACCCUUGGGUUUGAGAUAACUAUCGAUCAUCCACACACUCAUGUUGUGAAGUGUAUUCAGCUAGUACGAGCAAGCAAAGAUUUGGCUCAGACGUCUUACUUCAUGGCAACUAACAGCCUACAUCUGACCACUUUCUGCUUGCAGUACCCACCUUCAAUAGUGGCUUGCGUUUGUAUCCAUCUGGCAUGUAAAUGGUCCAGCUGGGAAAUACCAGUCUCAAAUGACGACAAGCAUUGGUGGGAGUAUGUUGAUGGCGAUGUAAAUCAAGAAUUGCUUGAUGAACUGACUCAUGAGUUCUUGCUGAUUCUUGAGAAGACUCCAAACCGUUUGAAGCACAAUAGGAAUUGGAGAGCUACCCAGGCAGCUAAAAAAGGAAAAGAUAAUGCUCAACAGUUUGAUGAAAGUGCAUCUGAACAGACCAUACUAAACAUGAUCUCCCGGGUUUCUUCUGACAGUACUGUUGCAGGAUUGAUGAGCAUGUCAUCGUCGUCAUCCUCCUCUUCCUCAUCUAUACCUUCUGUGAACCGUACCAGUAGUGCCUCUGUUUCCCAUAAUCCAUCCAGUGGAGCUGUUUCUGUCAAGCAACAGUGGCAGGCAGCAGUUUCUCACACAAAAGUAGACUCUGGUCACAUUCAUAAAACUAAAGAACUUACCAGUGUUGUGAACACCCAGCCUAAUCCAGUGAAUCUCAGCCAGGCAGGCAACUCUGAUUUGACUUUGCAGGGAGACGACAGUUUAGCUUGGCCAAAGCAGACAAACGCUAAGCAUCAAAGUUUGACAUUGGCACCAUCUGCUAAUAAAGUGUCCCUCAACGAGUACAGAGCCAAACGUGCCGAGGAGCUUGCUGCUCAGAAACGAAAACUGGAGACCCUUGUGACAAAUGUCAAGGAGCAGUAUGCCGCAGCAGCCCAUGCUCUGGUAGUGCAACAACAGAAGGAGAAGCAGAGCAAUGUAAUUUCCCAUUCAGCUCUACACAAAGACAGCCAUGCCUCCCAGUCAGCUCCACAUAAGGACAGCCAUGCCUCCCAGUCAGCUAUACACAAGGACAUUCACACCUCCCAGGUCACUUUUAAGGGGCCAGCUGCAGGUUCUGAGAAGGCAAAGAAACAUGCAGAUAGGGGGAAUAGAGGAGAUAAACUUGCAAAGGUAAAUGUACCAUCUACAGAGAAGUUAAAACAAGAGGAAGGCAGAAGACAGACUAAGAGCUUACCUGCUGAAAGGUGCACCUCCUCUGAAGAAAGUGUCUCAAGGAGCAGAGAUCAUAAGGAAAAGCAUAAGGAGCAUUUAUCUGCUCGCCAUAAUCAUCACCAGCCCCACCAUCACUGUGUGCAGAAGGAUUCACAUGCCCACAGCAAUAGCAGCAAACCUAGUGAUUCCAGACAUAGCUCACUACAAGGGUCGUCAUCCCACGGAAGCCACAGCUCCUCAAAAAAUAGCAGCUCCCGAAAGCGAUCCCACCCAGAAGACUUGACACUGCAGAACCACCAGUCAAAAAUGAGCAAGCCUUCCUCUCUUUCUUCACAUACUGCCUCUUCCUCCUACGGUUCUGCAGUGAGCGAGGACACCUUUCACCAUGUAGUACAACAGGCUGCUUACAGACAGACAAGCUCACUUCGGAAGGCAGACAAGGGCCUGGUAGGAGCAGUCGGCCAUAGCAUAUCUCACACCACUGAGUACAAAGAUCCAUUUCAAAUGUUAAACUCUGUUUUAAGUACCCAGAGCUUGCAGCUUGCACAGCCUACUGGGUUUGACUAUAUUCCAGGUUAUCAUGUGGAAUACAAAUAUCCUACAGUACCUUUGACUUCAAACUCCAGUGGCAAGCAUUUGCAGCGACUUCCACCACUACCAGCGGACCCCCCUCCUCCUCUCCCACCCCUUCCCAAGUGAGGGAGGAAACCAACCAUUUAACUAAAUGAGAGAAUGGAAUUUUUAUUUAAAUCACAGAUUUAAUUUCAUUUUUAGUCUUUAUAGCAACCAAGAUAGAGACUUGGGCUUCUAAAACUGAAUUUGUCCAGAUACCACUUGCUUUUCUCUGGUUUUACAGUUGAGCAUUUGUUUGGAACUGAAAUGAAAAUAAUUUAGAGUAUGUGCACUUCUAAAUGGUAUUGAGCACAGAUGACCUAGGAGUAUAGCUACAGUUUUGAACACUUGACAUUUGGUGUUGGUGCUUUAUUUAUAUAACCUGCUGCUGUUAUGCAGAUCCAUUCCAGCGUGCUGUUCACUGCCUGGAGUGUUGUGUUCCUCAGUGUUCUGCACUGAUAGGGCACCCGUAUGGAGUAGGAUGACGUCAUUCCGGUACCCAUCAGGCUCAGGGCUGUAACUGUCCCAAUUUGGGUAAUAUCCUGCUCCCUUAAAAUCAACCUUUGGACUUUGAAAUCUGGACUGCUUGAGCUAGAUUAGUGAGGGUGAAUUUCUGUUUUGAGGAGUGGUCAAGUGUCUUUAUAUCAAAACAGGUUUUUGAAUUUUGCUCCAGAAAUUAAGGGCCGAAUUUAUUGUACUGGUAUUUGUUAAGGAAAAAAAAAAACAGAAGAUAUGCAUGGAAGUGUUCUAUCAAACCUAGUUUAAAAAUAUCUAAUUUUGAUGCAGUAUUUUUGUGCUUAAAAUGGAAAAGCUUUAGCUCUGUUGGAAUCUGAGAAGACUGCUGUUUUAUGCCAUGUUGCUGUUUGAUGUACAGUCACAAGUGCUGUAUGAGGUACAUAAGGGUGAGCUGACCUUUAUUUGAGUUUGGUAUCUAUAGGGUUAAGUGCUUCAGAAUUACUAGGUGGGUAUUGUGGAGUGUUCUGUAGUUUGGUUUCAGAGUUCAGCAAGGAUGAUUGACAGGAAAGCUGCUGCAAAUUGUUGGUUCUUGGACAUAUUAGUUGGUGUGACACAGUGGUGCAGGAUAUGCCAAAAUUUGACAGGAAAUGAUGCAAGUUGCACUGAGAGAGCCAAUAUGCAACAUCUGCAGGAUGGGUUCACAAGUCAAGAUGAGUUUGAAAACCCAGCUUGUUAAAGGAACUAUUUCACUCUUUCAGCUCUGGUAGAUGGUGUGCAAUUGUUUUACUAUGGAUCGAGGUGGCUGUCUUGCCAUGUGAUGGAAGAUUGGAUUUCAUGUAUAGAGCUUUUUUUCUUUAAUUUUUUCCUGGAGGUGAAGGAUUAGUUGCAUAGGCCAGGUGUUCGCCUUUUCCGGGGGCUAUGCAGGCUCAGAGUUAAUAUUUUUAAAUAGAGGUGCCGAUGGUGCAUGGUGUUUGCCCAUCUGCAAAAAUGCUUGAUUUCACUCCCUCCCCUUCUUUUGAGUUAGUCAAUUUUCAGUGUAAUUGGAGCUUACUAAAGAUUUAAUUGAACUUUAUGUAUGUAGGAUUUGAUUUGUUACCUCUCUGUUGUAGGAGGCAUCCUGUGAUUUUGUAGCACUUGGCCAUAGUGAACAAGCUGUGAUCAUGGAUAGAUUACCAGUGCACAUUUUCUUUGCUGUCUUUAGUAGGUACCUGUGUGGGUUAUUAAACUGUAGCACUCCUGUCAGCCAUUGUCCUAGUUCAGAGUGUUUGAUGUCACAGCAUGACAUUUGGUCAGCUUUGAGAGGGAGUGCAGUAAUUUAUGUGCAGCUACACCAUGUUAGCCUUUGUGGUUAGUUGUGAAGGAUGGAUGUGCUUUUAUUCAUCAAUCUUUAAACUUUGAGAUUGUGUUGCAUGAAGUAGAGGAUACUCCAGGAUGGUCUGUAUGGUGUCUGUGCUUAAGGCUGAUGUUUACUGAAGAUUGACUUGCUGUGUGUAAAAUCAUUUGCUACUGUGAAUGGGGUUUAUUUGCUAACCUGCUGAUUUUUGUAUGGAUAGCUGUAAUUUUUACUAAAUUGCUAGUGUGUAGCGAGUACACUGCAUUGUAGCCAGCUGCACUUGUGUGUGAGAAACUAAUAUAUCGGAUUACAGUGUUACAAAGCGCGCACAGCGCACACCACUGCCUCAUUGGGGUAUCUUUGAUUUGUGCUUAUAAUUUUAGUGCCCAGUUGUUGCAUACUGUUUAGCCAUGUGAUUUUUAGGUUCCAUUUGAACUAAUGGGACUGUACCCAUUUGAAACCACUUUAUAGUAACAUCAGUAUUAAAUAUUUUUUAGAGCAGCCUUACUGGGCUGAGAAGACAAUAAAUAAGGCAUUUUGUUGGAUUUUUAGAUGCGUCUGAAGUGUAUUUUAUUUAAAAUGUUUUGCAGUGAAUUACAGCUUGGCACUUUACUCUUUUAAAGAGCAUUAUCUCAAUUGUUGAAAUUGCUAGGAAGCUUCCUUGCCUCACUGAUGGAACCUUGGGGCAGUGUUACGUUGACCACUUCAAGGAUUCAAAGAGAAUACUGUGGUGUACAUUAGUCUAGUGGUGCAUAUUGCAUGUCUGUCUCCAUUUCUUGACGCUUCUUUUCCUGCAUACCUAUGUUCUCCAUUUAGAUCUUCCAUGGGAUUUGUCAGUUUUACAUGUACUGCCUUUUCUCCCACCCCCACUUGUCUCCACCCGCAUCUCCAGAAAAAUGCCCCAUGACUUCUCUGCCUUCACCUAGUUGGCCCAUUUGUUCUGGUGGACAAGAGCUAGGUAUUCUGCAUUGAGGAGAGAGCCUUAUGGCAUGUUCAUCCCUGUUCUGUACCUUCAGAGAGUUGGGCAGCUGGGACCAGGCCAGCUUGCUUACCUUCCUCAUUUUUCAGGCCACUUUGCUUACCUUCUCCCCUUGGAGCACCCUUCUUGGCAACUCUUCUAAGCCUGUAGUUGCCACCACCUCAUGCAUGUUUCCUCCCACUUUGUAGUCUGAGUAAACUAAAUGGCAGUGAAGGCUUGGCCAGCUUGGAACUCUGCUAACUGAACUACUAAUGCUUUUGCUGUGCGUCACCCAUGUUGUAAGCAAGAGCCACAUCCUUGCCCCUAAGAUGGAUGAACUAGCAGCAGUCGCUCUGGCUCACUGACCAGCUCUUACAGCGCCCGAUCUGUUAAGCAAACUCAAGUUGCUGGCAAGUAUAGUCAUAGCUUUCUCUGUCUGCAUCAUGGAGUUGACACCAUGUACUGUCUUGUGGUCUAGUUUAAUGUUGUGCACCAUUAGGGUUUUAGUACAUGCUGAUAACAGGCUUUAGGUGUUGAAACCUUGUGUAGUAUGGAAAUGUAUUUACAACUUAUGGUCACUGCUGAUGGGGUGGAGUUUGCUGCCUUGCUACAGUAGUGAUAAAAUGAAGUGCUGCAGAAGGACAAAUUGCAAAGUUAGGAAUUGCGUCAAAUCUUUGUUAUAACUAGUACAUGUUUUCCUGAGAGGUGUAAAAGUAAAAUUGAAAGCUGUCUCUGGAUGGCUUCUCUUUUUAGCCCCCCAAUAAGUCCUCAAAGAAGAAAAAAUAGUUUUGGUUGCCCACAGGGAUAACUCCACAGUGCAAGCUACUGACUUCAGUCAGUAAUUAUUUUUGGGGGAUUUUGCCUUCUCAGAUUCCUUCAGUGAUGUUAUUUUGUCAGAAUCUUAAAACACUUCUCUAUUUUUAAGUGAGUUAGGAUAGAUAUGUAUCAAAACAUAGAACCUUUAAUUUGAGAAGUGUAUUUAAGCUCUACCCUGAGGUAAGCGUUGCAGGGUUCCUUAAGCAAAUAGCACUUGUCUUUUGGACUAUGUACAACCCAUUCUGCAGAGGGAGCAUGGAAUAUGUAAGAAGGUGAAAAUGCAUUAAUUUAAGCCUGUUUGACAGGAUUAUCUACUAAUCUGUCUUGUGUGAGACUGUAUUUAAGAUGUAUGGCAUUCUUGAAGUUGGGGUUGCAUAUUUCUGACUUCCGAGGAAAGCAAAUUAUAAACUUUCUAGUGGCUUAUACUAUUAUAACUACUAUGUAAAAUUCAGGGAGUGAAACCGUUGUUUUCUUCUGAAUUAAGUUCUUUCAAGUCUGUUAAGUUUUCUGCCAUGCAUUAUUUUACAUAACAGAUUUUGCAGUAUGUGCAAAAUGUAACAAAAUUCAGCUUUAUUAUUAAAAGCAUCUACAAGA